CUUUUUGUUGUGUGGCCGUCGGCCUACCAAAGUCCAUCAUCUCUCUCUCUCUCUUAUCUCUCUCUGACUCUCUCUCUCUGCAUGAGAAUCGAAGAUCGAAACAGAGCAAGAAGCAAGCAAGCAAUAUGACAACAAACAAAGCAGGAAGCGCAGCAUCAAUUGAAGGUACCCAUGAGUGUUGCAUGUGUGGGGAUUUUGGCUUCUCCUACGAGCUUUUCCAAUGCAAGGCCUGCCAGUUCAGAUCUCAGCACAGGUACUGUAGCAAUCUUUACCCAAAAGCAGAGUCCUACAGAAUCUGCAAUUGGUGCCUCACCCAGAAAGAAGAAACAAAAGAAAAGUCGCAGAAUUCUUCAAAUUCUUCAUCUUCAUGCAAAAAAGACCAAUCCCAUCAAGAACAUCUUCAUCAGAAUCAUGAUUCCAAGGUCAACAGAAUAAAAAAGAAUUCACCGAAAGCCAGUCAUGAUCAUCAUACACAUGGUUCUGGUCUAAGAGGCAGCAUGAAGCUUCAGCCAAGUGGCCCUAUAAAGAAGCAGAAAUCACUUGAUCAUCAUCAUAAUCAGGUCUCAUCAUCACCAAGAUCUCCGUCUCUGGUCAGAAAAAGGAUCAUCACAAAUGGAGCAAAGGAAGAGGCUGAGAAGAUUAGGAGGACAAGUUCAGAAGAGAUAUCAAACAGAAACAGAAUCAAUAAUCAUGGGAUCACAAGGCAGGUGUUUAGGAGUAGGGUGAGGAGGUACAAGCUUCUGGAUGAAGUUUCAAGUCAAUGACCCCAGUUGACUUGGCUAUUUGGCAACUACUAUUCCUAUUUCCUUUUCUCGAUCAACUUUAUUUUCUAGAAGACAUUGCAUAGAAAUAUAGAUGGUCCAUGAAUUAUGAAAGAUAAAAUUUGAUUCAAUGUGAAUAAGCCAUGGGAGUGGGAGGUGAACUUGACAUUUAUUUGCAUAUUACUUAGUAAUUUGCAAAUAAAUGUGAAAAUAAUAAGAUCUUAGGUUAGUUGUUCAGUACAUCAAAUGCGUAUGAGUUAGACAUUUCAAGAAAAAUGACAUAAAAGGAGACUUACUUUUUUUUUU